AUGCAUUUAUGGAAUAGAAACUACAGUUUUUAUAGUGAUCCACAUUUCUUUAAUGAAAUAUGGCUUCAAACAAUACCACCUUAUGAUGUCGCAGUUAACUGGAGACUAAAAGCAAGUAAUUUGCGUAAAAUUUAUCGUCGACUUUGUGAGUACUAUACUAAUCAAUUGGAAGGUGAAAUAACGCCGCAAUGGGCUAUUGAUGUUUCACGGAUAGCAGAACAUAAUGACUCCGAACUACUGUGUCGAUUUUUGCAACUGGUUCUUGGAGCAGCUGUACUGGGUCCAACUAGCGAAAAGUUUAUACGUUCUUUGGUAAGUCAGAGUAAGUCCGUGCAGCUAACUUCAUUAAGUGUCGCGCAAGAAGUCAAAGAAUUACUAAGAAAAACCCAAGAAACUGAAGUAGCUGUUGUAUCGAACCCUGAGGUGGCCGAUGCAAAGGAGCAGGUCGCAGACUUGAAAAAUAAGGUGAAUGUUUUAGAGCAAGAAUGUACACAUCUUAAUAAAAAGUUGGAAGAAGCGUGUUCUGAAAAAGAUGCAUUGUCCAGUGAUAAUGAAAGUUUGCGCUUGCGUGUCGACGAACUAACUGGAUUAUCAUUUGAAAUAGAAUCAUUGAGAGAACAAAAUCGGUCUUUAAUUUCAAAUCGUACCAGCACGAAUGAUGCGCUUUACAAAGCUGAAGGGGAAAGAAAUCAUUUGAAAGAAGCUAACAUGCAACUACUUGAUGAAAAUGCGAAGUUGCGAGAUAAUAUAAAGAACCUCAUUCCAUUGGAAGAAGAAUGUAAACGACUAAAAGAUGAUUUGGAAGAACAGCGGCUUCUAGGGAAAAAAUGCUCAAGUCUUGAAAGUCAACUUUCUGAUUACAAAAAGAAAAUGAAAGAAUGGAAAGCACAGAAGGUCGAAAUGAAGGUAUUGGAAGAUAAGGUGAGCUCAUACAUGAACAGCAUCAUAGCACUUGAAGAUGAGCAGCGAAAAAAUGGUGUAUUAAAAACUCAGAUUGAAUCACUAAAAUUGGAAAACACAGAAUUGAAGACAAAACUCAAUGAUGAAAUUAGAAGAACGGACAAGACUGAAUUCGAAUGUAAGCAACUUACUGAUCGAAUUAGUGAACUUGAAGGGGAUCAAAAACGUUUACAACGUAAAUGGCGUGAGCUAAACGAGAAACUUGUUUUGGAAAACGAAGACAGCUGUGCACCUUCAAUACUAGAUGAAGCAUAUAGUCAGAACUCAUCGAUGCCCUUUAGCGGAAAAAUCACUCAAAUGCAUGCAGAAAAUGAUCUGCUCUGUGAUAACCUUAAAGCAGAUAAUGAAAAAUUGGCUCUGGAAGAAAAUAUUAAUUCAAUGUCUUUACAAAAUAAAUUACUGGAAACAGAGUUGAAAUUAGCACAAACUAGAGGAAGUGAACUUGAAAAACGGUUAAAAGAAAUGACUGACAUAAUUGAAAAUGGAAAUUUUGCAAACAGCGAUCUACUAACAAAACAGCAAACCACAAAUGAAAAAAUGACUAUACAGAUCGCCCAGCUUGAAGCAAAAAUCGAAGAUGCUAGUCAUGAUUUGGAACAGCAAAUUAUCGAUAAAAAUGCAAUAAUUGAUGAGUUGGUUGCAACAAAAGAACUAGUCAACAAAGAAAGAGAAAAACUAACUCGUUAUAUGGAGAAAGCUCGUCGUAUGAUCGAAGAUUUAGAAGAACAAAAUAAAGCUGUUGAGAGUGGUUCAUUGAGUAGACAUGAAUUUGAUUCUAUUCGUCGGGAAAGAGAUGCAUAUAAACAAAAUAUUGAAAUAAUGAAAGAAAAUUAUGAACACAGCCGUAUGAUGUUAGAAGAAGAACAGCGAUUGUUCACAACACAUGCUCAUUAUGUGGUAUGCUUUAUGCGGCAGUUAUAUUUUGCCUAUUGCUUUCUUAUAUGUUAA